UUGUUGAGCUCGAGUAAAUUACUUAUCCAUGGAAGGAAGGUUGGAGCAUACAAAUCCUGAAAUUACUGGUAACACCUUCAAUCCCAGGCCCAGCUGAAAGCUAACAUUAAUUGGUUAAGAGCUCCACCACAUAUGUCUAUAACUAUAAUAAAAAAUAAAACACUUGCUUAUUUUAAAUGGAAAAUCAAAACCUCAACAACCCCAUCAUCUUCUUUAGUGUGCUUCAAAAGAAGAUGGAGAGAGAAGAAGACAGGAAGUCUUUAACUUCAGCUUUGAUUCAGAUACCGCCUGAAAACGAAGCAGUGAACAGCAAUGGAAUUAAUGAAGUUAGAAGAAAGAAAAUAAUAUGGGAAGAAGCAAAGAAACAAGUAUGGCUGGCAGGUCCUCUCAUAGGGGUGAGCUUAUUCCAGUACUCUAUACAGAUGAUAUCAGUGAUGUUGGUUGGGCAUCUUGGCGAGCUACCUCUCUCUGCUGCUUCAAUGGCUACUUCCUUUGCUACUGUUACCGGUUUCAGCUUGUUGUUGGGAAUGGCAACGGCACUGGAUACCCUUUGCGGACAGUCAUAUGGGGCAAAGCAAUAUUCAAUGCUGGGUAUUCACAUGCAAAAAGCAAUGCUUAUCCUUGUAAUCGUCAGCAUACCCCUUGCCAUUAUAUGGAUAAACACUACACCCAUUCUACUUUUUUUGGGCCAAGAUCAUGAUAUAUCAAUGGCAGCUGGAGAGUAUGCUUGUUUCAUGGUUCCCAGCCUAUUUGCAUAUGGUCUCCUUCAAUGUCUAGUCAAAUUCUUACAAACUCAAAACAUCGUAUUCCCAAUGAUGAUAUGCUCUGGGAUCACAACUUUGCUUCACAUUCUCAUCUGUUGGGUCAUGGUUUUCAAAUCUGAGCUUGGGUUUAGAGGAGCAGCCUUGGGCAAUUCAAUCUCCAACUGGUUCAAUGUCAUGCUGUUGGUUUUGUAUGUUAAGUUGUCUCCUUCAUGUGCCAAGACUUGGACAGGAUUUUCUAAGGAGGCUUUUCACAAUAUUUUCACUUUUCUUAGGCUUGCUGUUCCCUCUGCUAUAAUGGUCUGCAUAGAGAUGUGGUCGUUUGAAAUGAUGGUUCUGUUAUCAGGUCUACUUCCUAAUCCAAAGUUACAAACUUCAGUGCUCUCUAUUUGCCAUAGCACUUCUUACACGGUUUGGAUGAUACCCUUUGGGCUUAGUGGUGCAGUAAGCACUCGAGUCUCAAAUGAACUAGGAGCAGGGAAUCCGGAAGCAGCCCGUUUAGCUGUAAAUGUUGUCAUAGUUGUGGCCAUUUGCGUGGGCCUCUCGGUGGGAUUGAUCUUGAUAUUGAUUCGAAAUAUUUGGGGACAUGCUUAUAGCAAUGAAGUAGAAGUGGUUAAAUAUGUAGCGGUUAUGAUGCCAUUGGUAGCAACUUCAAACUUUUUAGACUCCCUCCAGUGUGUUCUCUCAGGCAAUGCUAGAGGAUGUGGAUGGCAGAAGCUUGGAGCAUACAUCAAUCUGGGAUCUUAUUAUAUAGUUGGAAUUCCAUGUGCUGUUUUAUUAGCUUUUGUACACAAUGUUGGUGGAAAGGGGCUAUGGCUAGGACUCAUAUGUGCUCUUGCUGCUCAAGCAACUGGUCUUGGUAUAGUUACCAUUCGAACGAACUGGGAGAAAGAGGCACAAAAAGCUACGGAAAGAGUAUGCCACUAUGCAAAUGGAAGUUUUAUCGUGAAGUUGGUUCUUUAAUCAUAUCUCGUUUAAUGGCAUUGAAAAUUUUGACUAUUUCACAUGAUGCAUGGUGUUGAUGGUAUAUAGUUAUUGAAAAAUAUGAUUAGCAGAGUAGAAUCUAUCUAUUUAUUUAAUGCAGUACUAUCUUGGAUUCCACAGCGAAGGCAAUAUGACACCUAAACGAACAGUUCCUUCAUGGCCGGCCAGCUGGCUUUGGGAAAUAAGCAAAGCAUUCAAGGAUUAAAACAAAAAUAAGUGACUUUUUAACCAAACUAAUUGAACACCAUCAGUGACUAUAAAAUGGAGAACGGGUGCAAGGAAUCAAGUUCACACUACAUUUAUUUAUUUAUAUGCUAUGCUAUGCUAUGCUAUGCUAUACCAUACUAAACUAUGCUGUACUGUACUAUACUAUACUAUACUAUACUAUACUAUACACCCAUCUCAUAUGAAAUGUAUAAAUACCCGCAAAGUACAAUCAGAGCAGCAUCAUUAAUCAUCUCAUCUUCCCAUAAAUACUAUUACAUAAAGCAUAUUUGUAAUGCAAUUAUCUAAAGCAACUAUUCAUAU